AUGGAAGAUGAAGAUGAAGAUGAAGUUUCUCUCAGCGGAUUUCUUUCAUCUGAUCACAUAAUAUUCUACAUCAAUCUCAUACUGCAUGAUCUACGGGUGCCGAGUUCUGUGCGCAUUCAUCCUUCAUCACAGGCGGAUCUUUCGUUUGUCCUAGCCCUUUUCUUUCUUUCUCUUCAUGUCGUUCUGGGUAUGUGGGGUUGCACCAUCUUGUCAGAUUACCGAGAUGCUCUUCUUCCGUUCAUCAUCUUCAUCUUCUAUGGCCGCUUCUCCUUUCGGUUCGCGGAGUCAGACGCAUCAGACAGAGCUCCCAAAGUUCUCGAUCUUGUGCCAGGUCUGAGCUUCGGCAAAAGACAACUGGAGUCUGGAACAGACUCCUUCCAUAUGUUUGCACCAGGUUAA